AUGGGUGAGAAGUUGAAGCCGUUGGUCAUUGGUAAAUCGGCUAACCCCAGGUGCUUCAAAGGGGUCAAUAAAACAGCGCUGGGCGUGCAGUACGAGGCCAAUAAGAAGGCGUGGAUGGUGUCGGAUCUGUUUCGUAGUUGGCUGAAGUCUUUAGACAGGAAGUUUGCUGCAGCGGGACGCAACAUCCUGAUGUUCAUCGACAACUGUCCGGCUCAUCCAACACUCGACCUUGAACAUGUUGAGUUAGUAUUCCUCCCCCCUAACACAACAUCGAGGCUGCAACCCAUGGAUGCAGGGAUAAUCCAAGCUAUGAAGCUGAGGUACAGAAGGCGCAUUGUGCAACACUUGUUGGCAAGAAUUGAUCAAGAAACACCUGCUUCAGAACUGGCCAAACAAGUGAACGUUCUGGAUGCCAUCAUGUGGCUUACAGCAUCAUGGAGUGAGGUGCAGCCCACAACAAUCCAGAAAUGCUUCAGCCAUUGUGGAUUUGCAGUAGAAGCACCCUCAUCAGAGUUGGAUGAACCUGAAUUUGACGAGCUCCCUGCUGCAGAGAGUGUCCUUGGAGAUCAGACAUUGUCGGAUUAUGCAGCAAUAGACAACGAGCUUGGAACAAACGAAACUCUGUCUGAUGAUUGGGAGAAUAGAAUCUUCCAAGAAGCACGGGGUGAGCCUGAUGAUCAUGAUGAUGCGGUCGAUGCCAGUGGGGAUGAGUGUGAUGCUGAAGAGUCCACUGAGGCCACAGAAGUCAGAGAAGUAUCCGGCAAAGAAGCAUUGUCCUGCAUCUCAACAUUGCAACAGUUUACGUUGCAGCGUGGCUUGUCUCCCAUGGCAAUGGAUGUAGAAAAACUUGGUGCCUUCGUGAACAAACUUGAAGCCCAGCGCAAAGAGAAGCUUCAACAGGGAACUCUUGACUCCUGGCUUCAGAAGUAG